GCAGCACGCGGCGCGCCUGAUCCUCUGCUCUGCCUCUCGCGCCAAAGCUGCAGUCAAAUGCCGGCCGCAAAAACGCGCGAGGGACGCUAGGUAGAGGCAUCGGGAGCGCUACACACUAAAUACAAUCCUCCUUACAACAGAAAAACCGGCAGCACCGGGGAACCCCGCGCGACAAGACAAGAGCUGGGCCAUCUAGCGGCGACGCGGCCCGCGGCCCUGGUCGUGUAUCUCUCCGAACGCCGCCGCCCUCGCGCCGUCGCCGAGAUGACGUACUCCGAGCAUGCGCUCCCAUCAAACGCGGCGUCCUGUUCGUCGACCGGGAACGCGACAUCGCCCUAGAUGCGCACGGCCUGUGGCCCUACAUCCAGCCCGGGGCCCGCCGAGACCUCGAGCGCGUCGACUUUCCGCUCUUCGAGACUAGGACACCACCAGCAGGUCCGGUUCGUGCAACCUUCACGCCAUCGAGCAGACGUAGUUCGAAACGACGCCGCGUCGACGGCGUACUGAUGCAGGCCUUCGAUUCAUGAUGUGCAGGAUCGUCAAGACCUCCAUCCGAAGAGGAUGCGAGCCCGCGCGCGUCGUCAGAGGUGGCGCGUCGACCGCGGCGCGCCGUUUCACAGCGUGCGCGCCGAGCAGAGGUCGGCGAACGAAGAGUGCCCACGCGUCGUUAGACGAUUUGUGCGCGGCGCGCGAGAGUCUCCCGCGCCGCCGAGGCGGGGCUGGGCUGCAAGCUUGCUACCGCACUACUCCCUCUCCUGAGGCGCAACGCUGCGACGCGUGCUGGAGCUGUUGAAGCGUUCGUCCUACGCUCCUUUGGAACCGCUACUCUGCCUGGCACCAGCGCUCGCGCGUGCGGCGAGGCAAGCUGGCAAUUG